AUGGCACACGCUCGUAUCUCAGCCAACCUCCCACCUGAUAUAGAUCCGACAAAAGCUCCUAUUGCAUUUGGGAGGAGGGCCCUUCCUAAACUAAAUGAGGAGCUACCAUCUCCUGAGCUGCUGACCCAGCAGCGGGCAUUGAUGGCACUCUGCGAUUUGGUCCAUGAUCCAGAAAAUGUCUACCAGGCAAUAGAAAUAGGUUUCUUGGAUAACUUGAAGACUUUGCUACUACAUCAUGACAGCACUGUCCGACAAAAAACAACAGAAGUCCUCUCUAUAAUGGCUAGUCAUAGUGUUGGCAGGCAAGGGUUGAUACAAAAUGGAGUAAUUUCUGCCCUCGCCAAGCUCUUGGAUGAUCCAGUAGAUAUCUGUCGGAAGAACUUGCAUCAGGUUUUUGAAUUGAUGGCAAAAUUACCUGAAGGGGCUGUUGACAUACUGCAAGCUGGUUUGAUCCCCUUCCUAGUAGUCAAAUUGAAGACUGAGCCAGAUGAAAUCCAGGAGCUCAUCCUAGAUACACUCUCCAACUGUCUACAUGUGGAGGCUUCUGAAGCUAUAGCAGCUGAUGCCGUUACUAUCCUGAAGGAAAAGCUCACACACCCAUCAGCAGUCAUCAAAAGCAAAGCAGCUUGGGUCCUGUUAGCAAUUGGCACUCACCCGGAUGGAAAAACCAACAUAUGUGAAGAAGUUACUCCCGUGCUGGUGAGCCUGCUGACAGAUACAGAUCCUGAAGUCCAAGCUAGUGCAACAGGAGCACUGAUGUUUGCUACCAUUAAACCUCAGGGGAGAUUCUCAGCCUUACAUGCUGAAGCCAUUCCACCUCUACUGAAGCUGGUUACUGAGGAAACCAGCAAAGCCCGUCUGAGUGCCAUCAAAACCCUCACCAUGCUGGCUGAGCUACCAGGGGGCCGCAAGACACUCCUGGAUCACACAGAAAUAUUUCAGCAGUGCCUGAACGAUCCCUGCGAGACAGUGAGAAGAGCUGCACAAACUGCCAUCAGAGUCAUCCAAUGGAAACCUUUUUGA